ACUUAAAUCACAAGUAUUAAUGAGCAAAAAAGUGCUUGGAUACUUAACACCAUUUCUCUUAGAAUCGUAGAUUGAUAUAGCAUAGGGAGUUAGUAAUAAAUUGCUUAUUAUCAGCCUGUGAAUAUCAAGAAUCUGAUAGUGACCUCACUUCCCUCAACAAAUCUCACUUACCCAUUAAUAACAGCAGAUCCAAAUUCCCCUUUCAAUUUCUUGGAGAGAGAGAGAGAGAGAGAGAGAGUGGUAGAGGGAGAGAUGUCAAGUAGAUCUUGGACUUGCUUAAGAUGUUGCUUGGUGAUCUUUGCUGUGGUUUCAGCUCUGUGUGUAUCUGGGCCUGCCCUUUACUGGAAAUUCAAGAAGGCUCUAAAGCUCAAAGCCUCUUGUCCUCCUUGCAAAUGUCACUGCUCUCCACCUCUUUCCCUUCUCGAUGUUGCUCCCGGUCUGGCCAAUCUUACAGUUAGAGACUGUGGGAAAGAUGACCCGGAUCUGAAGGAAGAGAUGGAGAAGCAGUAUGUGGAUUUAUUAUCAGAAGAGCUAAAGCUGCAGGAAACGGUGGACAAAGAACGCACCCAUCAUAUGAACAUUACUGUCUCGGAAGCCAGAAGGUUAGCUUCCGAAUACCAGAAGGAGUCGGAGAAGUGUAAUACCGCCACAGAAACUUGCGAGGUGGGAAGAGAACGGGCCGAAGUUCUGCUCCGCAAGGAAAAGAAGUUGACAGAUCUGUGGGAGAAACGAGCCCGCCAAAUGGGUUGGUCAGGGAAUGAGCUAUAGCCUAUAGGUAUGAUCACAUAAGAGUGUUCAUUUGCUUCUAUAAUUCAUGGUUUUGAGGGGAAAAAAAAAGAAGCCAUUUUAGUAUAAUUAUGUUUACCUGUUUCAUUCAUAUUAGCAGAUCAUCAGAUUUUGUCUGUCAUAGUUGCGAAUUUGUGAUGUAUUAACUUUACCAACUUGUAGUAGUCUAAUAACAUUCAUAUUACCCUAGCUAAA